UGUUGUGUGGAGUCGAAAUGAAAGACCAAAACUUGAAUGGUUAACCAUAAGCUGCUCUGCGUGUUCUCCAUUCUCUUCCUCAUGUGCUAAGCUCUCUUCCUCAUCAGAGCUUGAGCUAAAACCUUGGCCCUUGCCAUUGACUGUUUUCUUAAAGCCUCACCACUUCCAAACAACUAGUUUCUUUUAGCUCACAGCAGAAAGCAACGCUCAGCUGGCCCGAUAAAAAGAAAGAAAAAAAAGAAGAAGAUAAUUAUUGAUCACUGGGUGACCAAAACAAUGAGUAGUGAACUCCAAAACUCAGAAACUGAAAGCAGCUCAAACUCUUUCUGUUCCAACCCUCCAUCCCCAUCCUCAUCCCAAAGCUCCAAACCCCCAUCGCCAGACUCCCGAAAAGACAAGCGAGUCCGGAGCUCCACCAAGAGGGCUCCACUAUACCGAGGCGUUCGCAUGAGAAAUUGGGGCAAAUGGGUCUCCGAAAUCCGCGAGCCCCGCAAGAAAUCACGCAUAUGGCUCGGUACUUACCCCACCCCGGAAAUGGCCGCUAGAGCCCACGAUGUCGCUGCGCUGAGCAUCAAAGGAAACUCCGCCAUACUCAAUUUCCCGGAGCUCGCCCACUUACUGCCCCGCCCCGCUUCUCUCGCUCCACGUGACGUGCAAGCCGCGGCGGCUAAAGCAGCCCGGAUGGAUAACUUCGACUUGACGACGCCGUCGUUGUCGUCGCUGGUUUCGGCAAUGGACUUGUCGAAAGAGUCGGAGGAGUUGAGUGAGCUCGUUCAGUUGCCGAGUUUGGGGACGAAUUAUGAUUCCGAGCGCUUGAGUAAGGAGUUUGUGUUUGUGGACACGGUGGAUUGCUGGGGGAUGUACUCCCAGCCAUGGCCGCAGUGCGUGGAGGAUUGUGGGUAUCCAGAUGCUUGUGACGAAUUGGCAGUGCAGGAGAAUGGGUCAAAUAAGUAGCUGUGAAGGUGUCCUGCAGAAGUACAAGUGCAAGCUAGAGCUCUGUUUUGCGAUGUUUUGCGAAUGUGAGUGUCCACGACUAUCCCAUCGUUUUCUUCUUCUUUUCUCAGUUUUAAGCCCUUUCACUUUUUUACCAUUUCUCUUUACGUGUGUGUUUGUCUGUGUGUAAGCCUCUUCCUCAUCUAGCUGUACAGUGUUAGGUGGAAAAGAAGAAUAUACAUUAAUUUCUAUUUUCUUUAUUUCCAUAUCUCCGUGUGUUUUUUCUGUGUAAACCUGUUCCUCAUCUAUAAGAAGAAUAUGCAUUAAUUUCUUUGCCA